AUGAGCGGCUAUCUCUGGAAAUUCUAUCUCGAAGAUGACGUCGACAGUUUCCGGAAUGUCGUCGCAUCCAGCACGCAGUCGUCUCGUGCAGGCGCACAGAAGAGCUACAAUGGGUGGCAGAGUGGAGGGAUUGGUGCUGCGGUGAACAGCAGCCCAGGCAGCUAUAAUGCUUCACCAAUGCUAGGCGCAAAAGGGCGCAAGCCUGCCGGCGCAACCUUGACGCGGUCAGACGUCAACAGUCGCGACUCGGCAGGACUCACGAUCUUACACCAUGCUGCUUCAUCGUCAGCUGGAACCGCUGUUGAGUUUGCGCAGAUCUUGCUGGAUCACCAGUGGACGGAUCUGUACAUUCAAGACGCAGAGAACGGAUGGACGCCCCUGCAUCGAGCCUUCUACUUCGGCAACAUCGCCACCGCCCGCCUUAUUCUGAACCGAGACGCACAGGACAUACUUGGUCAGGGACAUGGAGGCUUCAACCAGCAUGCGCGCGGUCUGGUCAAGAUCAAAGACAAGGAGGGCUACGGCCCACUCGAUCUGUUCUCCAUGACCAUCAAGGAUCGAACACUGCGACCUGAAGAGGCGCCAAUGUUUGACUCGGACUCGGACGACGAAAUGGCGCAUGGCGACAGCGGGGAUACGGACGAUGAGUUGCACAAACAACUCAUCACCCCUACAACAGUCCUCGGCGGCGAUGAGGUCUACACAUUUGGCAGCAACAAGAACGUUACUCUUGGGUUCGGCGAUCAGGACGAUCGAGCAUUCCCCGAGCGCGUAGUCUUGCGAAGACCAGACCACCUGCUUCGUCGAUUCUACAAGGAAGAUAGAGAGAGGCACAACCAUUUCCUGGCUACGAUGGGAGUCCCCCUGCAAGAUGCAGGCACACAGACGCCGAAAGGACCUGUGGACCUGCCCACGCACAUCCGCAACACUCCGAUCGUCAUCCAGGAGGUGCAAAUGUCCAAGUUACACACGGCUGUACUAACGACCGACCCCAUUUCGAACCUAUACAUGUGCGGACACGGCACUGGAGGGCGUUUAGGAAUUGGCAGUGAGACGACGAGCUACCAAUUCAUAUGCGUAGAGGCCGGCGGCUUGGGUCACAAGAAGGUUACGGCAGUAGCUCUGGGACAGAACCACACCCUUGCGGUCACGGAUGAAGGCGAGAUCUUCACCUGGGGCAACAACGCUUUUGGUCAGCUGGGCUACAGCCUUCCCAAGCCGUCCCUCAAGGAAGACGAUCCGAUCUCAACGAUACCCCUUCAGAUCUUUGGUCCAUUGAAACGUGAGCAAGUCCUCGGCAUCGCAGCUUCGCGUAUUCAUUCCGUCGUUCAUAGCUCCACUUCACUGUACACAUUCGGGAAGAACGAGGGUCAGCUGGGUAUAGUCGACUCAGACGCUCGAUCGUUGGACAUGCAGAUCACUCCUCGCAAGAUUGCUGCAUCACUCUUCUCGUCGCCCAUUGCUGCGGUAUCUGCUAUCGAUGGCGCCUCGAUCUGUAUGCUGGAGAACCGGGAAGUAUGGGUCUUUGCCAACUACGGCUACUCGAAGCUCAACUUUGCGUUGGAUGGCUUCACCAGUAACUUCCUAAAGGAGAGUUGGCUUACAACAAAGUAUGACACAGCACCAAACAGGAUUCAGAAGAUCACAUCAGGUGGUGACACAAUUUGUGCCUUAUCGACAUCCGGUGAGGUGUUCACAGUCGCGGUGAGUCGCCGCUCGGACGGUAGCCAGGAUAUAAGCAUGUCGACAACGCAUCCAAAGCAGAUCCGCAAGGCCUUAUCGACACCCUAUCGCAUCUGGUCUUCCAAGAAGAGCCACAUGGCUGCGAGGGACGUUGGUGUCGAUCAAGAUGGAUCUAUCAUUCUGACAACGGAAGCUGGUACCGUGUGGAGGCGCACAAGGCGAGCCACAAUCAAGAGUGCGAACACUACUGCUGCGGCCGAGCUGAAGCCUAAAGAUUACAAGUUCCAGCGUGUUGCUGGCCUGACUCGCGUUGUCGCUGUUCGUGCCUCUGCAUAUGGCGCAUACGCUGCGGUACGCAAGGAUUGUGACGUUACACGCAACCAGAUUGGAGUGGACGAGCCUGGGCUCUGGGAAGAUCUGGCACCACUGCUCUCGUUUUAUGAUAUGCACAACUACGAGGAGUCGUCAGAUGAUGAAGAGCCUGUUCCUAGGUACUGGAACCGCCCUGGUCAGUCUCAAGCGCUCCAGAAACGUGUUUUGAAAUCAAAAGAUCUUGAAAAAGAGGUUUCAGAGGUCUUGGAACAGGCUUCGAUGACUUCAGAGAACACCUACAACAUGGUCAUUGGAAGCACUCUUUCAGAUGUUCGCCUGCCAGUACACGAAUUCAUUAUAUCUGGUCGAUCCCGUGUAUUUCGAGAUGCGAUGCUCGACUUCCGGUUGAAGAGCUCCAGCCAUGCCAUCCCCGAGCUGCUGACCAUCAGUAAGGAAGGCGAACUUACCCUUGUUAUGUUUCAAGGUUUGGACUUCUUGACCGUCUUUGACUUGGUCCUAUACGCAUACACAGAUUCCGUUGUCGACUUCUGGAACGUCACACGACAUGCGCCCGAACUGGCGUUCCGCUACCGAUCGGUCCGUACAGAGCUCUUGAGGGUAGCAUCACGAUUGGAGCUGCGACAACUCGAACCAGCUGUACGACAGAUGGUCAAUCCUCGACGUUCGCUACACGUUGAUCUCGAGGUCGCGAUUAAAGAAGCCUCGUUUUUCGAAAGUGGAGAUGUCAUUAUCGACCUUGCCGAUGGCGAACUGCUGCUCCACUCAGACCUCGUUUGCCAGAGAUGUCCAUUCUUCGAGGGUCUAUUCAGAGGUCGCGCUGGUGGUCAGUGGCUUUCAGGACGACGAGAUGGCUCAGCACCAGUCCACAUUGAUCUGACAAAUGUUGACACACUUCUGUUCAAGCUUGUUGUCCGUCAUUUGUAUGCAGACGCUGGCGAGGAAAUUUUCGACGAUGUCACAAGCGAGGACCUCAAUGAUCUGCUUGCCCUGGAUGAGCUCCUGGAUCACGUCAUGGACGUCAUGUCUGUCGCGAACGAGCUGAUGCUCGACCGCCUCUCGCAGAUCUGUCAGAAGCUCAUCGGUCGCUAUGUGAAUGCUCGCAAUGUCUGCUCGUUGCUCACCGCUGUCGCACCAAGUUCUGUCGCAGAGUUCAAGGACGCAGCGCUUGAGUAUGUCUGUCUCAGCUUGGAGGCAGUCAUGCAGAACGGAUCUCUGGACGAGCUCGACGACGACCUUCUGCACGAACUGAAUGAGGUUGCGCGUGAGAACCAACUGGCUUAUCUACCGUUUGCAAGAAGCGGGCGUGCAGAACUUUUGCUCUUCGAACAGUGCCCUGAGCUUGCAGAGAGGAUUGAGCGAGGCAAGCGCGCCAAGAUCGACGCCAUCGUUCUUUCCAACAAGUAUGCCGGUACAGACACGCCAUCAGCAUCUUUCAGAGCGCAAAGUUUGGAGGAGCUGUCGGCCUCGCCACUUCGCCAGCGCAAUCGAAGGCGAGCAUCUAGUCAGGCGAAAUUUGAGGCAAAGAGUCCAGCAUUGACACCGCAGCUGAAGAGCAAGACUUCAGCUGCUGAUCUGAUGUUUGAGAUGUCCGACGGCGAGGACAAAGAAGAUGAACCAGUGGCCAACAUCAAGCCACCUCGUUUUCUUGGCGGGCCAGAAAAGCCCAGUAAUCAGUCAGUAGGCACACCUGAGUCGCCAUGGGCCACCUCAAUCAAGGAGAAAGCGCCAGGCAACAUCGAAGACGGCUUCAUCUCACCUAGCUCGCUGCCUCCCAGCGCGCUGUCAGGAAUCAGACCACCAAGCCAGCCAUGGGGCACGGCCCCCUUAGCGAGCUCAAAGCUUGACCUCAAGGACAUCAUGGCUCAAACGUCGAGUGACAAACCUUCUGGUCUAGCACUCGGUCUCGCACAAGAAGAACGCGAGCGUGCUCGUGCCGCCCAACCUAAGAUGUCGCAGAGGGAGCGCAAGCGACUGCAACAAGCCGAACAGCAAGGACUCAAGGUCGAGGCUGCGCAGCCAUCACCGCCGGCUGUAUCACCAUGGCAAGCCGCAUCAUACAGGAAACCAAGCGCAAAUCAAAUCCUAGCACCGUCUGCAGCGACAUCUCCGCCACAACAGCCUUCGUCCGAGCCUUCAGCCCAGCCAGCACGAGCUAUAAGCACACCACAACUCACCAUGCGCCAGACUAUCGCCAAGGGUAAAGGGAGGGGUAAGGGCAAAGAGAAAGACGCCAGCGCCCAAGAAGCACCUUUGCCCUCACGACCAGCUGCCUCUGAGCGUGGCAUGUCUGUUUCUAACACACCCAUUCCGGUCCCCAUGUCGGUCCGCCACAUCCCCCUGUCAUCUCACUCGCCGACCUCGCCAAGCCAACAUUUAAGCAUUAUGGAGAUCCUGUCACUGCAAGAAGCCGAAAAGACGUCUAUCCGCGACGCAGCAGCGAAACGCAGUCUUGAGGAAAUCCAGCAAGAGCAAGAGUUUCAGCAGUGGUGGGAAGCAGAGAGUAAGCGCGCCAUCGAGGAGGAAGAACAAGCCAAGCGGGCUGCUGAGCGCGCGGCUAGAGCUGCUGCAAAAGGAAGAGGCAAGGGUCGCGCGCCUAAGCACAGGACACCAAAGCCUCGAGCUGAGAAGGCUCAGGCUGUAGAGGCUCCAACGGCUGGCGUGCAAGCACCCAAUCCUCAGGCACCUGCCUUCAUCCCACCAACGGUACCAAAGGCGGACAACGCCGUCAAUAGCAACCGCGGCCGGAGUCGCGGUGGGCAUUAUCGUGGUGGGCGAGGUGGUGCUGGUGGCGCGAGAGGUGGUAGAUCACUGGCGCUGCCGAGAGAUGUACAAAGUGCGCCCGCCGCGUCUGCACAGCAGGCAUUUUAG